AACCCCUCCCGCGACACGCGCGCGAGGCAGCCAGCCAAGGACCGCCCCCGCCUCGCUCUCUCGCUUGCUUCCUUCCUCCUCCCGGGCCUCCGGCGAUCCCGAUCGCCGCAGCCAUGGCCGCGGCGCCGACCGUCACCAAGUCGCCGCCGGCGCUGGUGCCCCCGUCGGGGCUCACCCCGGGCGGCUCCCUCCCGCUCUCCUCCAUCGACAAGACCGCCGCCGUCCGCGUCUCCGUCGACUUCAUCCAGGUCUUCCCCUUCUCCUCCGCCGCCGCCGCCGCCGGUGCUCCCAGCGAGCAGGUCGCCGCCAUGCGGGAGGGUCUCGCCAAGGCGCUCGUGCACUACUACCCCGUCGCCGGCCGCAUCGCGGAGCCGGUCCCCGGGGAGCCCGAGAUCGACUGCACCGGGGAAGGGGUGUGGUUCGUCGAGGCCGAGGCGAGCUGCGCGCUCGAGGAGGCGCGCAACCUCGAGCGCCCCCUGUGCAUCCCCAAGGAGGAGCUGCUCCCGCGCCCGCCGCCGGAGGUGCGCGUCGAGGACACCGUGCUCCUCGCGCAGAUUACGAAGUUCACAUGUGGUGGAUUUUCCGUGGGCAUUUGCUUCAGUCACUUGGUCUUUGAUGGGCAAGGUGCAGCCCAGUUCCUGAAAGCAGUUGGUGAGAUGGCAAGAGGGCUCCCUGAGCCAUCACUCAAACCAAUUUGGGCCCGGGAUGCCAUUCCCAACCCUCCCAAGCCACCUCUUGGACCUCCUCCGUCUUUUACUGCAUUCAACUUUGAAAAGUCGGUCGUUGAGAUCUCGUUGGAUAGCAUCAAGCGUGUCAAGGACCAGGUCGCAAGCGAGACCAACCAGAAAUGCUCCACCUUCGAUGUGGUCACUGCCAUGAUGUUCAAAUGCCGUACUUUGGCUAUCGACUUCGCGCCCGAUGCUGAUGUUCGUCUGGGUUUUGCCGCUAGCACGCGCCACCUGCUGAACAAUGUGCUGCCUUCAGUUGAUGGCUACUAUGGUAACUGUGUCUACCCUGGGGGCCUCAGCAAAACCAGCCAGGAGGUCAAGGAUGCAUCUCUAGUGGAGAUCGUGACAGCCAUCAGGGAAGCCAAGGAUGUGAUUUCAACUCGGUUCCUCGAUUGGAUGAGCGGUGGUGCCAAGGAGAACCACUACAAUGUGUCACUGGAUUACGGCACGCUAGUCGUCACAGACUGGAGCCAUGUCGGAUUCAACGAGGUGGACUAUGGGUUUGGCGAGCCGAGCUACGUGUUCACCCUGAAUGAUGAUGUGAACAUAGUGCCGUCCGUUGUUUACCUGAAGCCACCCAAGCCGAAGCAGGGGAUCAGGCUGGUGCUGCAGUGUGUGGAGCCUCAGCACUCCGCGGUUUUCGGCGAGGAGUUGCAGAAGCUUGCAUAGAGGCAACGUUCCCAAGUGUUUAUAUCCUACAGUUCACAGCGUUUGAGAGUUGUUGUAUUCUGGUGUGUUGAAUAGCUGCUUCUUGAACUUGAGAUUACAAUAAAACAAGGCCGGGCCGUGUUUGUAUUUGUACUGUUGUUACCAUAUUACAUCAUAUAUUUAUUGACUUCGCUGAGGAAACGUUGUUACAGUUGAGAACAAAUGAUGAUACCAUUGGUUUC